CUCACACUUCUGCCGUAAAACAUCACAUCUGACCUUGACUAAUGCAGAAAACUCUUCAUAUUAGUGAGGAUUUGUUUGGUGGAUUUGCAUGCAUGUAUUAUGCGCUCACUUCGCAUUAGCAUACAACAUCAUGUGGAAGUUAAGCAACAUGUGUGACUCAGCUAAGGGAAAGCUUGGGAUUCGCAUGCAUUAUUAAUUUUAACAAAUUAUAUAUAUAUAUAUAUAUAUGUAUAUAUUUUUUUUUUACCGUCCACUGACUGUUGACACUGUCAAUACCUCCCUACUGAUAUGAAUAGGCUCUUCAUAGUCUUCAUCAUAGUUUUGCAUGGAGUGUAAACCAUGCGAUGGAUCAGCUAGAGCAGCGUGUUAAUGAGUUCUUUACUAACGCCAAGAAGAACAAGCCUGAAUGGAGGGAAGAACAGAUGGAAAUCAUUAAAAAGGACUACUAUAAAGCUUUGGAAGAUGCAGAUGAAAAGGUCCAGUUAGCCAAUCAAAUUUAUGAUCUGGUUGAUAGACACUUGCGGAAGUUGGAUCAGGAGUUGGCGAAGUUCAAAAUGGAGUUGGAGGCAGAUAACGCUGGCAUCACAGAAAUCCUAGAGAGACGGUCACUUGAGAUGGACAGCCCCUCUCAACCUGUCAAUAACCACCACGUACAUUCACACGCCACUGUGGAGAAGAGGAAGUACAGCACGCCAGCACACCACACUACUGAAAACGUACCAGAAAAGAAGUUUAAGUCGGAGGCCCUUCUCUCCACACUAACGUCAGACGCUUCUAAAGAAAACACACCGGGCUGCAGAGUGAACAGCACGUCCUCUUCUAACAGCGUGUAUAACGUCAACUCCUCCCAGUCGCUUUCCUCAUACAACCUGAGCCCACUUCCUGCCGGGCCCGCUGCUGGGGCGGGGGCCAUUUCCAUGGCAGCAGCUCAGGCAGUGCAAGCCACCGCACAGAUGAAAGAGGGCAGGAGAACAUCCAGUCUCAAGGCCAGUUAUGAAGCUGUCAAGAACAAUGAUUUCUUGGGGCGGGAGUUUGCUCUGAGUCGGGACACCAGCGGUUACUCGUCUUCUGCACUGGCUAACACACUCGCACAGCCCCUCACGUCCAACAUCAGCUCAGACUCUCGCACAGGACGCAAGACCAAAGGCAACACUAAGUCUUCCAAUCACCAGUCCUCUUCAUCCUCCUCUUCCUCUUCACUGUCAUCCUGCUCGUCAUCGUCAGCAUUGGCUCAUGAGCUGGUACAGACCACCGUCACAGAAACUGACACCAGCAGUCAGGUGGACUGGACCUACGACCCCAACGAACCCAGAUACUGCAUCUGCAACCAGGUGUGUUCCCGUCACAUCUCUUAUACAGUAUUCCAGCAACACUACUACUUGUAGUGCUCUUACUGUGAU